UAAACAUAAUUCUGAGAUAUACGAAUAUGUUAAAAUUUAAAAGGACGGUUGGGCUAUCAGCCUGAUCAAAUUUAAGUGGAUUCGCACAAAAGCCCCUUUAAUAGAAGAGAUACGUCUCCCCAAAAAGGUUGUAUUUGUAAUGGACCAAAUGAUAUACAGCAGCAACAAAAUAUAAUUUUGUAGCCCAAAUAUUUCUUAUAGAAUUGUUGAAAAGUAAUGGCACUAGCUUCAUUUAGUUCUUUUAAAUAUUUGCAACAAUAAUAUUCAAAUAUCGUUUCCUUAAAUUGAUCAACUAAAUUUAUGAUUAAAAAAGUUUUUUAAAAUAACAGAAACUAUUUAACUUUUUAACAUAUGUAUUCAAAGUAAAUGCAUAAAAAGAAAAUGCUAAAGAAGAGUUGAGCUAAAAAAGUCGGUUGAAACUUGAAACUGAGCAAAUAAUAGUGAGACAAGACAAGUCCUAGUAAAUGCCAAGACAUUGCAGCUCUGCAAUACUUCAUAUAUCCAUGAACGUUUGAAACAUGUGGUCAUGUUGUAACUACCUUAAUUUGUAACCCAUGAAAAGAUAUUCUUCUACUUUGAAAUCAUCAAGAAAAGAAAUCCAGACAACCUUAAUUUGUAAAGUUUUCGAAACUUGAAAACCCCCAAAGAAAGUGAAGAGUAGAGAAACAUAAAGUGUGGUCGAAAUCAUAUUGUAAUACUCAAGCUGUCUCUUCUCAGAAAGAUGCGUGGCUAAAAUAUCAUCAUCUCACCAUGCAUUAAUUUGCUUGUACGGUUUAUUUUGAAGUAUUUCUGUCACACUUUUAAAUAGCAUCUGCUCGUUUACCAAUGCAAUACAGUAAUAAAGUUACAUAGCUUUCUUUUGAUAGCUCCCUCAGGUUAAAGAAAAGCUCAAGAACCAAAAUAACAUAAGAUAUAUACAUAUUGGAUUUUUUGUCCGUGCAAAGAAUCUUGUUCUUGUUCUUUCUUCUUUUGUCAGUCCAUUUUCACAUGCCACUUGUCUUUAUACGUUAGAGGUAAUAACAAAACAAGAAGACAGGCUUUGUCUUAAUGGAAAUGGGUAGAAAAUGGUCCAGUGGAGGCAGAUCCAGGAGCAAAUCCAGUGAAGCUAAUGGCUGUAUCUCUGCUCUUUACCACUUUUUUCAUUCUCACCAUUUUUACUUUCCUUCACGUCAUCAUCACCACCAACCAAGUUUUGAUUCUCCUUCUAGAUAUCCAAAAGGCUUGGUUGCGCCACGAAACAGCUUGGAGUUAACAGAGGAGUCUUCACUAUCAACAAAUUACAAGGAAAAAGAUAGCUUAAACAUCUCUGUUGGCGGGAAAAGGUCAAACCUUAGAGCUCUUAUUUUUGAUAGAUCCUCUGAUAACUGCAACUCACCUAGCGCCAAGUCACCAAACCUGGUGGCUAGACUCAUGGGUCUUGAUCUUCUUCCUGAUAACUUGGACCUUAAUAUAUCAUCAAGGAAAAGUGUAAGAGGACAUAGACACUCUGAGAGCGGGUCAGGGACAAGAUCUUUGCCUGAGAGCCCCAGGGUGUCUUCUGCUCGUAAAUCAGAUUCUGACGUUCGUCGCCUCUCUCUUCAGCUAAACAGAGAGAAUAAGCAUGAAGACUCUGUGUGUCGGAGGCUGAAAGAUGAGGAAAAUCAAAGUCCGGGAAAUAAUGAGAGGGUCAUCACUAGAAGACUUGGUAUGGAUAUAACAAACUUGCUUGAGAACAGAAGGGUAAGACAAGGACAAGACCAGAUUAAGCAUAGGAAAGUGAGAAGCAUGUCUUCACGGAAAGAGAACACACUGAGCUCCAGUCCCACAUUUGUGUUCAAACAAGAUAACAUCUCUCGACAACAAACAAAAACGUUGACCCUUUCAAAAGAUUCCAAGAAAAACCUCAAAAGCGUAGAUGAACAGCCGCUAAGACCUACCAACGUAUGCAAGAAAGUGUGUAGUAAAUCAAAGUUCUCUCCUCAUUCAACACCCAAUAACCAACACAAGCGGAGACAAGUCAUCUCUACAUCAAGAUGUGAUCAUUUACACAAGAAAGAAUGCAAGCAAAUCCCAAACUCAUCAGCUGUCUCUGCCUCAGAACGUCCUCGGAAACAGAUGGAAAGAGCGGAAGGACCGGAACAGAAAGAAGAUGGGACGAUAUGCUUCGGUCAGAUGUAUAACUACGAGGAGAAGCUUCCUCAAGAACUUCUAAGUUCCAGUUCUUCCCAUUCAACCACCAUUUCUGCCACCUUCUCCAACGUAGGAAGAACCAAAAUCUAUUUUGAAUAUCUUACGGGGAUGAAAAAGCUUGAAAAAGAAGAGGAAAGGGUGGUCGCAGAGGUUGAGCGGCAUAUUGUAGACGCACUCGUGCUAGAAACGGUAAAAUUGGCUUGCGUUUGAGUGGAUAAAACGAGGCGUUUUAGUAAUAACGAAAGUUGUGGCCUUGUGGGAACGUGAUGAGGGCUAUUCUAAAGUAGCGUCUGCGUUUUGUUCUUAAGCGACUAUUACUAACGAGAGACUCAACGCAUAACAUGACAGUGUGCGUUUUGCAUCUCGCUUUGCCAUCGCUGUUACUAAUUGUCGAAACAAUCAUCUGAAUUUCCAAGAAUAAAUAGCGCUUUAUCUGUUUAAAUCUCAUGAACAAAUUCCAUACUCUUUUUUUCUAAAUAUAUUA